CUUCCUCUUCCGCGUCUCUUUCCGCAGACUCCCAUCCGACUCCCGCCCGUUUUUCUACCUAGUGAUUCUUGCUGGUUGCCUGAAAGAAUACCCAGGAUAGUUUUAUUUGCUCACUUCAAGCUCCCAGCAUGCCAUUGACCCGCUCCUCCGAUCCCCUCGUGUGGAUCGACUGCGAGAUGACCGGCCUCGACCCGGACACCGAUCAAAUCCUGCAGAUCUGCUGCUUCAUCACUGAUGCCGACCUCAAUCUCCUCGACCCCCAGGGAUUCGAGACCGUCAUCCACCACCCGACCUCGACCCUGGAGAGCAUGAACGAAUGGUGCAUCGAGACCCACGGUCGCACAGGGCUGACCGCGGCGGUGCAGGCCUCGCCCACCACCCCGGACGAGGCCGCAACCGCCCUCCUAGCGUAUAUCCAGAGAUAUGUGCCACAGCCUCGGCGGGGGUUGCUGGCGGGGAACAGUGUGCACGCCGACAAGGCGUUUCUGGCCAAGGGCCCAUACCAGGCGGUGCUGGAGUGGCUACACUAUCGGAUUGUGGAUGUGAGUGCGCUCAAGGAAAUGGUCCGUCGGUGGGGGUCGGAGGAGCUGCUGGGAGCUGUGCCAGACAAGAGGGAGGUUCAUCUGGCGCGGGACGAUAUCCUGGAGAGCAUCGAGGAGAUGCGAUUCUACCGGGGGCGACUGUUCGGAUAGCUGAGGUGUCGCAAUGUCUGAGCGUGCAGGCCGACCGCAGAGUUCGCAAUCUACGGGAGGGGUAGACCACUACUACAUAGAUACACUAUAGCUGGAUGGAUGCCCAAUGGGCCAGGGAGUGCAGCCGAUGACAGGGUUUUUGGCAAGUGUCUGCAGCUCGACUGCCGUAGUGUCUCGGAGGAUCCUCGAAUGAAGCUCUG